AUGUCUUCUCCAACCGCACAGCUAAACACGAACACCAGCAGAGCGCGUGAACAACACUGGCGUGGCGCGUAUACACACUCUACUCAGGCUACGCAAGAAGUUGUAGAACCUGCCGACAAGAAAGAUAAUGGACCGGAUAAGGUUAAGGGUGGAAAGAAGGGGCCAGCAUCGAAAGGAGGUUUCGUUCGGCCGAGCCAUUUCCUUUCCCUACCUUUGGCGCGCAUACAUUCAACCCAUCCCGCUCUGCAUGAACACAUCGCCCACCUCACCCGCGCCUUCCUCGCUUCUCAACCACCAAUCGAGGGGCUGGAUAAAAGUAUCAUCAUCACGGGAGUUAGAAUGCAUCUGACUCUGGGAGUGAUGCCGUUGAGGUCUGAGAAGAAGGAUGGGGCGGGCGGAGAGAGGCUGGAGGAGAAGCUGGUUGAAGAGUCGGGCCGACAAGACGCUUCGCCUCAGCCACCAAUCGCUUCAUCAAAGACUCAGGAAGGACCCGGAGAGAGCGCACAAGCGAAUGAACCUACUCUGAUCGGAGAGCCUGCAUCAGUCUCGCAAGGACACCAAAAGCCUCUCAAGACGCCUUCAGAAGCACUGGCCCAUCUCCAGUCCCUUCGCUCCCAGAUCCGCGAAUUCGUACUCAACGAGAAGCUUCAAGUUGCCUUAGGUGCUGUGGAAGUAAUGAAAGUGCGAAGGAGGAAGGUGAAAGGUGAACGCGUGGAGGCGACAAACCCGCAGAAAGAGGACGAGGACGAGGACGAGGACGAGGAAUCCGAACCGGACGAAGCACCAACCGACCCAACAGCAGCAUCCAUAGCUGGUACCCCAUCGGCUGAGAUCGCACACCCUGGGGAUGUCGAGGUAGUAGAAAUGGCUGAUGUGUUGUACGUCUCUAUCCCCGAGUCCGACCCUCUAAACGCACCUGUGUGGGCUCUGGGACGCAUGAUUCACCAGAGUUUCAAAGACGCAGGUUUCAUCACAGAAACUCGGCCGCUAAAGUUGCAUCUAACGAUAGUGAACACCUCGCAUCGGCAGCCAAAAUCGCGAAAUAGGAGACCCAUCCAAUUCUCGUAUUCAGCGAUGAAACAAGUGAUGGCUUCUGUCCAGCCGCCGGAUCUACCCCCAGAGGCGCUUCCCAGGCCUAGAGCAACAGUCCGUGAGCAGAUGGAUGAAGGUCCAGUGAAAGCUGCGCUGGCCGGCGGACUUCCUGCGUCCGCCUCACUCGAACCCAAAUCGGGAGCCGAGACAUCAGCUGCGAAUCCCCAGAAGCCGGUGCACGAAGUCGCGAACUCCAAGUCCCUCUGGACAGACUUUGGAAUAUGGAACAUCUCCUCUGUCGAGCUUUGGGUCAUGGGAAGCCGGGAUGCAGAGGGAAGGUAUGUCAGCUUGGGGGGAGUUGAGCUACCUCCGAAAGACACUGAGCUUGCUGGUGAUGCUCGAGAGGGUUCUGUUUGAUCCUACAGCACUGCAUGGUCUAGACUGCUUCGAUCGUUAUAAGUGUAACUUGUACUGAUGAUAAUGGAAUACGUUGU